CGCACACCCUGACUUCAGCUGCUUCAAGGGAAGGGUUACAGUAGGAGGGAAACACGGAGGUCUUCAGUCCUUAAAAGCACACUCUAGGAGAGAUGGCAGCCAUCAGGAAGAAGCUGGUGAUAGUUGGAGAUGGUGCAUGCGGGAAGACCUGUCUGCUCAUCGUUUUCAGUAAGGACCAGUUCCCAGAGGUCUAUGUUCCAACUGUGUUUGAGAACUACAUCGCUGACAUUGAAGUUGAUGGCAAACAGGUGGAACUAGCACUGUGGGAUACAGCGGGUCAGGAAGACUAUGACAGACUGAGGCCUCUUUCCUACCCUGACACUGACGUGAUCCUCAUGUGCUUCUCCAUAGAUAGCCCGGACAGUUUAGAGAACAUUCCUGAGAAAUGGACACCCGAAGUGAAACACUUUUGUCCCAAUGUCCCAAUCAUUCUCGUGGGUAACAAGAAGGACCUGAGGAACGAUGAACACACACGCAGGGAGCUGGCCAAGAUGAAACAGGAGCCAGUGAAGUCUGAGGAGGGCAGAGACAUGGCCAACCGCAUCAGUGCCUUUGGCUACCUGGAGUGCUCCGCCAAGACCAAGGAUGGUGUGCGGGAGGUGUUUGAGAUGGCCACCAGAGCAGCGCUGCAGGUUCGCAAGCGCAAGAAGAGGGGUGGCUGCCAGCUACUGUGAAUGGGCGGAGCUUGUUUUGCCAAACCACCAAUCAGCACCUGAGGGAGGAGCCCCCCACCCCCUACAGACAGAGCAAACUUAGAGAAACCUUAAAUCAAUGGCUUCCGUGGACUUUGUUUACUUCACAGAUGCAGAUAUGCCACAGGCGAAUAUGAGAGACUGACACACCUGUUUAAAAGCAAAACAAAUCAGCCUUUUUUUAAAACUCUUUCCUCUGCCACUCACAUCUGUCGGGUUUUGUUUCUGUUUUUUUGCUGUUCUGUUUUUCUCCACAGGCACACCAGCCUUCCUCUUAUAUGUAUGAAUGUAUGUUUGUAUUUAUAUGUGCAUAUACUUUACAAAUAUAUCCUGCGUCUGCCUUUGUGUUAUGAUUGUUUACGGAGAAGCGUCUGUUCCGACGGUUUUUAGAUUUGCGUUAAUAGUAUGGAACCCCUGCUUGUCUUGAAACUGCUUGUACUACUCCGUCUUCUUUUUGUACAUCAGCUUCAGCCAGAAUUCUCCAUCCAUUUUCAUACCACUAUUAAUUUUACACCCUGAAAAUCCUAUUUCACCAAGUGCUGAGUCAGCAGAGCUCUGUUUUCAUCAGCGUUCUUCUCUAACAUAAAGGACUAAAUUUAGAAUAUGUUUACACGGCAUUCAUCCAGUGAAACCUGCACAUACUGAAGCAGUUGCGAUUAUUUGUGCAGAGAGGUUUUGGACUGCACCUUGCUCUGUCUCUUCCGUGGCGACAGCUUGAACUGGCACCGGAGACAGUGCUCUAUUGUCACGGACACAAAACUCCCAGUCACACUCACACUGGCUCUAACAGACUUGCCUCCUGUCUGAAUUCUGUACUGUUUAUUCACAUCCACUAUACAGUCAUGAUGUGAGCAUGAGUGCACACUGUAAUCUGCAGGUUUAUGGGUUCAACACAUAAUCAGCUAUAUUAAUAUUCAGACUGAUUACUAUUCCAGGUCGGACAUUUUUAAUAAAAUACCCAACUGACAACUUUAUUGGUAGUGACAACGCAAUAUGCCAUCUCCUCAGUUUGGCUCACCAAAUCAGUAGCUCUCUUGUCUAUUAGAAACUGGGGCUUUAUUGGUGUGUAAUGGCCCUUUAUUUUACACAACAGGGAAAUCCGUUGAGUUUGAUUGGAUAAUGAGGAUAUGAGUGCAUAGCCGGUGAAAGUUUUUCUCUUUAGAAGCCCUUAAAGAUAUGUGAAAUGGGUCCAAAUAGUGUCGUGGAGCCAACCAAAUAAACUGUGUGUCUUUGGGCACAAAGGAGAUUUGAACAAGAAAUUGUGACAGAAUUAAAUGAAAGCCUGAGGGCCAACUUCAUCAGUGGCAAAUUGUCACGACUAAACCACAGUUAUUUUCUCAGAAAUACAUUUUCAUCACAGUGACAAAAUAAUCAAACCACUUCAUCUCCCUACAGGCUGCCACUGAUGCAGUUGCGACAGUAUGCUUGUGUAUUAUAGCUAAAGCAGAGAAUUGCGGUGUAUAUUCAACAAUAUAUUCAUCUUAUCAUGAAAGAGCCAUGAACACAAGUGUAUGAAAUGGUCCCAACAUUGAUCUUCGCACCAUCAUAAGCUACAACUGUUGUGAUGUUUCUUUUAUCCAGCAUGUUCCGAUCCACUAAGAUCAGAACUUCACAGGGCUCGGCUAAUUCCUGGACUGUGCCUCUGUCUGUAAUGUCAUAAAACCAUAGUUCAAGAGAAAAUGUUGAUUGUGAUGACGCUUUACAAACAGGAGUGGGAUGUGUUGAAAACAUGAGACAAACAUGUUAAUAAAGUAUUUUUGAAAUACUAA